CAUCUGAAUAAUUUAAGAUUUGAUGAUUUUGGGGGCUUUUGCUGUGUACAUUCUUAUUGCGUCACAUACAACACUCGAUACCUCACACAUUUGUCUUCCGAUCCCUUAAGGCUUCAAACAACAUCCAUCUUACAUCGUCGUGGUUGUGAAAUGCACCGCCUACCGCCACGUCACUGGUGGUUGGUAGUGAUUGAUUGAAUUUGGACCAAUCCAGAUUCAACCGGUGCAGACGACAGACUGCAGCGGGAACAACUGGGCCAAUUGCUGUGCGAAAGAGGUGUUUCCUUUGCUAUUAAUUAUACUGUUGGGAUCCAGGCUAGGCUCGUCUGACGCAGAUCGCUUUUCUCCGGUCAGUCCACAAGGAGUCUUCAAGGAUUCGCCCGCAAACAUGUCGAAAGAUGUCCCACGUGAACCGGAGCAACUCCGCAAGCUGUUCAUCGGAGGUCUGAGCUUCGAGACCACAGACGAAAGCCUGCGGGCUCAUUUUGAGCAAUGGGGGAGCCUUACAGACUGUGUGGUCAUGAGGGAUCCCAACACAAAGAGAUCAAGGGGCUUUGGCUUUGUGACGUACUCAUCUGUGGAUGAAGUUGAUGCUGCCAUGUCUGCCCGCCCCCAUAAGGUUGAUGGAAGAGUGGUUGAACCCAAACGAGCAGUUUCCAGAGAGGACUCAAACCGGCCAGGUGCCCACGUGACCGUGAAAAAGAUCUUUGUCGGGGGCAUCAAGGAAGAUACCGAGGAGUCACACUUGCGAGAUUACUUCUCACAAUUUGGCAAAAUCGAGGUCAUUGAUAUCAUGACCGACCGUAACACUGGAAAGAAGAGGGGCUUUGCCUUCGUGACCUUUGAUGAUCACGAUUCAGUCGACAGGAUUGUCAUCCAGAAAUACCACACAAUCAACUCUCACAACUGUGAGGUGAGGAAGGCUCUUACAAGGCAGGAGAUGCAGACUACAGGAAUGGGCCGCAGCAGCGGCGGAAGGCCCUACGAAUAUGACCGAGGCUUCAAUCAGGGAGGCAGGGGUAGAUAUGGAGACGGUCCUUACAAUUGCAAUGGAGGUGAUGGUGGUAAUGGAGGCGGAGGCAGUGGUGGUGGCUAUGGAGGAGGUCCCGGCGGUCCGGGGGGAUAUAACAAUGGUGGCAACCGAGGAUAUAACCAAGGUUACAACCAGGGUGGUGGUGGAGGUGGUGGCGGUGGAGGAGGUGGCAGCGGCGGCUAUGGAGGAAAUGGCUAUGACAGCAACGGCUAUGGUAACUGUGGUGGUGGUGGAGGAGGAGGGAGCAGCGGUGGUGGCGGAAAUAACUACAACAACAUGGGCCACUACGACCCCCAGGCCUCCAACUUUGGCCCAAUGAAGAACAACUUUGGCGGCGGUGGUGGUGGCAGCGGAGUUGGCAGGAACUUCGGCGGCUAUGGAGGGGGCUCAAACAAUGGUGGUGGAUAUGGCCGUUCAGGACGCUUUUGAAAUGUGAAGUGGUAAGUGUUCACUGGCACGUCUGACCUUUUUAAUCUUUUCAUAAAACCAGAGUUUGUAGUUGCAGGGACUCGUUAAGUGUAGAUAACACAUUUUUUCAAAUCACUCUGGAUGUCAGGUCAUAUGAAGUCAGUGCACACAGUUAACAAUGUUGUUCCGUAUUGUUCAACAGGACUGAGUACUUAGGAGAGGAGAGCAAGGAGAGGAGAGCAAGCGAAUUGACAGGGCAGCUGCAGGUUUACCUCCUAAAUCUGCUCAGCCAAACAGUUGUGGCAGGUUACAGCUGCUGCAAGAAGAGAUGUACAGUAGAUAAAUCAUGGAGGGUCUUCAUUUAAACGUUUUGUGUUUUUUCAUCGAAUGUGUUUUUUGGGAAAGCAAGCAUUCCAAUGAGGUUUUAUGUAGAUUGUUUUUCUUUAAAGUCUGGUUUUUAUUUGUAACUGCAUCCAAGCUGAAAUAAACGAUCUUUCAGUUUUUUUACAAAGUGUUGUUAGCCUCUUGAGUGGUUUGGGAAAGGGAGGGUUCACUAUCAGGUGCUGCACAUUGUGGGAUGAGGGACAUAUUUCACAUAAUGCAAGCAGCCAAAGAAUCCAUGUGAUGUGUGAGAAGCCCUGCGCUAGUCACCAUAUACAUCAUGAGUAAGUGCAUUUACAAUGCUGGUUGAGGAAUGAGAAGUGGUGCACAAAUACUUCCACCAUAAAGAGCCCACCACUUGGUACAGACUACCCUGAGUUCUGCAAAGAUCAACUGGAGGAUGCUAGCUUACAUGCAAAGUCUUUGAGGCUAGUCAUGGAAGCCAGCUGAGGGAGAGAAGUAGCAAAACCGUCGCCAGGAUCAUUGAAGCAGGGGAGAGUGAGAACAGAAGCCUGAGGCUAGCAGGCAGCAGCUUCCAAAAGGCUUAAGUGCUUUCUGUAGGUAAGACCAGACUUCUCAACUACUGAUAGUAUGUCUUGCUUUUUCAUGUAGCUGGUAGUAAGUUGUGUAGCCCAGUAAUGACAUGACAUAUUUGUGCAAACAAGUUUUAUUAUGACUUACACCGAUGUUCACUGGUAAAAUUGGCCUCCUAACUGUGCAUAGAGGCCCUACAACAUAUUGCAUGCUGUGAACAAAAAUGAUGUUUUUGUGAAAGAAGCACUUUACUUAAUUUGUGUUUCUGCUUUUCAGGAAACUCCCUGGUCUUCAAAACCUGACUUCAUUUCAGUGACAAUGGCUAAAUCAGGUUUCCUGAACAAUCAUACUGGUGCUUCUUUAUCUUAACACUGCUGUGCAGUGUCCUAUUUAUAUAUAUUUUUUUUUAAUAAAGUGAUUUUUAUAAGUAA